CCCGUCCUUGAGGUCAAUAAAACGUAAUCAGUAGGUAAUCACAAUAAUAUUAUUGUAAUUUACACUUAAUAGUUAAUGUGCAAAUACCAACAUCCAGUCUUCAGUUGUAACUCGAAGAAUUUGACGCGAAAAAAUGUGUUGUAAUGAAUAUUUUGUAUUGUUAUUAUUUUUUGGAUUUUUGAUAUAUUGUAAUUAUUAUUAUUGUGAUGUUAAUAGCACUUAAAAACGUGGAAAACCAUGGAUUAAGCUGUAGUAUCCCCUAAACUUAAUGCUGUUGUUGUUAUAUUUUAUCUGUGAUUGGUACGUAUAUAUCAUAGUAUGAAUAUUAAAUAUUAUCAUCAGAUUAAUUAUUUGCAUAGUGGUAGAAUUUAAGCUUGCCAGAUAUUAAUUAUUUCUUUUUUUAUUAAUUUAAUUUAUAAGCAAAGGUAAACUAGUAAUUGCUGCAUAGGUAUUAUACAGCAUAACUUCCAUAUAAUGGUCACUGAAAUGGCUGCUAUUUAAAGAUGACUGUACUUUAGAGGUGUCCUAUAAAGGCAUAACACUUGAAGGAACCGAAAAAAAAUUACCUCUACAUAGAGAUGACCGUCUUAUAAAAAUGUUUGUUAACCGAAAUUGUAUUGUACUAUGAAUUAAUAAAAUAAUAUUUUUUUAAUUUCUGUUAUCACUUUUUAAGCCCUUUUCGAUUUCAGGCAAUACACUUAAACAUAUUGAUACAAUAACGUAAAUAAUCAAUUUUCUUUGCAAACAUGAAUACAAACGUUAAGUGAAAUUAAAAAAAAAAAUCAUUACUUGAUUUCAUGGUAAUAUAUUAUGCCAUAUAAUAAAAUAGUUAUAAUUUGAAAUAACUAAUUUUUUGUUAUUUUUUAAUAAAAAUAUUUUGUUUUAUUUAUUUAUUAAUCAACAGGUAAACAUUCUUUAAGAAAAAAUGAAAUCAAAUAAAAUAAGAUAAUAAUAUUAAUUAUAACAUAAAAUUAGACUAUGGUAUACUUAAUAUGAUAUUUUAAAAAAAAUACAAAUAUGACUAUAAUUAUAAUUUAUAAUAAUAAUUAUUUGAAAUGUAACUAAUGAAAAUAAAUAAAAAAAUUGUGGGUUUGAUUAAGAGUAUAUAUAAUUAUAGAAAUAUUUUUGAAUUUCUCAUUUAUAAAUUGUUUGAUGAAAGAUAUAAAACAUUGUUUUCUAUAAGUAAUUUGUUUACUUCUUUAGACAUUUGGUUUAUAAUGGAUUCUUGUAUUCUGUUAGUUUUUGAACGAGGGGCAUGUAGGUAGACAUUUUUGAAAUCCUGUGGGUCUUGUAUGUUUAUGAAAUUUAAACUUUUCAAUAAUGAUAGGGGCUUUAAUCAAACCGUUUAAAACUUUGUAAAAGAAUAGAAGAUUUCCAAUGGUUUUUUUGAUUUUUUAGAUAAAUAUAUCUAAGAUAUCUGGGCGUUUAUUUAUAGACGUUGGCCAGUAAGUUGGGUCGGGGGGAGCUAAUAUGGAAUAAUUUUUUCGGUUAACUAUUUGGAUUAAAGUACGUUCUUUUGGGUUGGACGUGUGGCAGCCCCAGGAUUGGUUUUUGGCAUUUAGGUCAUCACCGACUAUAAAUUAGCGACCUAAGUCAUUAAAGAAGUUUUCAUACUGUAAUGGCGUAAUUUUGUGUUAAAUAAAUGUGUUUGGGUGGACAAUAUGUUGCAGCAAAAGUAAUUGGAAUGUGAUUUAAUUUUAUUGACAAAAUGGCAGCUUGUAAAUAGUUUUCCUGUACACAUGGACAGGAGGAAAAUAGUAGUGAGGAUUUAAUGAGAAUCGCGGCACCAGCAUGUGCAGUGUUAUCCGGGUGGCAUGAAUUAAUUGUGUUGUAGCCUGGAAUUGAAAAUUUGGUGUUAGUUGUGAAAUGUGUUUCCGAGAUAAGUGCUAAAUCUAUUCUUUUUUCGUUUAGGGUCAUGAUAAGUUCGUUUCUGUGAUUUUUUAAGCCGUUAACGUUCCACAUGAGAAUAACCAAUGACUGAGAAGUGAAUCAAUUAUUUGAGUUACUUAACAUUUUGUGCAAGAUUAGAAGAUAUAACAGUACAACAGUAUUCUGAUGAUUAAGGUUUGUAUAAUAUAUAUUUAAUAUUACAGUUCUCGAAUUGGGGGGUGCGCAGGGGGACGAUGGUCUUCUGUUAAUUUUGUUUCUUUGCGCACUCCUACCAUUUUAUCAUUCUGGAACAGGAAAACGUUUGAUUAAUAAUAUUGUCACAACAUAUUUUUAAAGUUAUUUAAAGCUUAUGGUUUCAUACAAUUUUUUGUUAAUUUUUUGCAUUAAUUCGAAUCAUUUUAUUGUAAUAGUAAUAGUAGUUUAUAGUUAUCGUGAUAGUAAGCCUCUAAUCGCAUAAAUUUAUAAUGAUAACAGCUUAUAACAGUUAUAAAGUUUAUAACAUUGAACUAUAAGAUAACUGGAACGUUUACCACACAGUGUUGUCAGUGCGAUCAUGUUAAAAAGAGAUGGCGAAAACUUUAGGUGUGUCUAUCUCUGUUUAACAUACCGCACCAAUAUAUAAAUUUAUUUUAUAUUGCUAUGUGUUUUGUAAUAACUUAUUGUAUUUUCUACUUAGGCUUGAAUCAUAAUUAUUGAACUAUGAAAUAUUUAUUUAUAAUAUAAAUAUAUAUAUUAUAUUAUUCUACUAUAAUAUUAUAAAUGUGAAAAUUAGUGAGAAUGUAUGGAUAUUUAUUGCUCUUUCACACAAAAACUACUGGACCGAUUGAGUUGUAACUACAGUAUUAUUGUUUAUACAUCUGAAUAACAUAUAGGCUAUUUUGUAUAACAAAAUUCAACUAAAUUAUUGCUGAUACAGGGAUUUUGGUAUUUAAUGGUAUAUCUUUUGUUGAUUUGGUUAUCUUGGGAACAAAGUAAAUAUUAUCUAGGAUCCAGGAUUUUCUCACUUUAUCUGAACACUUUCCUAUUUCAACACCCCAAAACCAUAAUGUAAGAAAAAAAAAUAUUUAAUUAUUUACUUAGUUAUUUAUUUUAAAAAUGUAAUAUACAGAAAUAGAGAGAAACACAAUGGUCUGAAAUAUCUAAUUUAUUUUAUUUUAUUUUAUUUAUAUUUAUCUUACUCAUUUUAUAAAUCUUGUAUUAUCUUCUCCAAUUCUUGACCAGUUAGUUUUGUCUGGACACCAACUUCAGUAAACAUAGUUUUUUACCAUCUGUAGCAUGUACAUUCAAUUUUUACUACUUUGAACACAUUCUAAUACAUCCUAUACAAACAUUUAUUAGUAUAAUAUAUACUAUGAAAAGAUAUUUUAGUAAAUAUACUAAUAAGAAUUAUAAAUAAUAUUACUUAUAAAUUUAAAAAAUAUGUUCUAUUUAGUAUUAAAAUUAUAUAAAAUAGUACAGUUUUUUUUUAAUUUGGAAUAUCCUAUUUAAAUAUUAUUUUGUGUUUAUUACGUAAAGGUCUAAAUCAUCCCCAGAAUCAUUAUUUAAUAAUGAUUGUAUACUAAUUUAUUAAAUUAUUAUUAAAUAGGUGUAUAGUGAAAAUGUAAUAUAUGAUAUUUAUGAAAAAAAAAAAAUUAAUGUUUAAAGAGAUUUUAUAAUAUUAAUGCAAUUUGUUUUAUAUUAUUUAUAUUAUUUACUAAUUAUUAUUAUUUAUUUAUUAUUUUUUAUUAUUGAAUAAUAAAUUAUUAUUAUAUUAAAAAUCAUUAGCAUAUUAGAUAAAUUAAAUACAAUUCUUACUUGAAUUUCAAUAGAUUGUUGCAGAAUUCACCUUUCUUUCACUUUAGACAUUGGAUGAUCUGGAAAUGUGAAAAUAGUUGACACAUCACAUUUUUUAAAACUAAUUUCUCAGUUACAACUGUUUUAUCAUAUUUAUUUUUAGUAAAAUGUAAACUGUAUAAAAAGGAAUUACUACUUGGUUUGAAAUUUGUUUGUCUAACAGCAUGUAUCCAUUUUUUUAGUCUUUCAUUAUCAUUUCCUGAAAAAUACAAAGUAAAAUUAUUUUUAUAAGUACCUACCUAGAACGUAAAUAAAUAGUACAAUUAACACAACUACGAAAUAAAAAAUUUGAUACUAACUUAUGAAGUAUUAAUUUCUUUUUUACAUAACUUACACUAGUGAAAUUAAAGACACUGCAAAAAUUAACCAUUGUUUGACUGUACCAAAAGAAUUAAUUAGUGAAAGAAAUUAAUUUAAAUUUUAAAAGAACUGAAAUUGACUGUCGGUAAGCAUUAAAAAAUGAAUACGAUAUGGUGUAAUAUGUAUAAAGACAUAGGUCAGAGAUAGAAAUACCUAAAGUGUUCACUAUCUCUUUCUAACACGCCCUCUCGGUUUUAUUUACAUUAGUCAUAUGGGCGAUGAGCGUUCUAGUUAUCUUAUAGUUCAAUAGUUUAUAGUGGUUAGGUAUUAUUAUAGAUAUAUAAAAGAUAUCUAUUGAUAUAAUAGUUACUGUUCUAUAUAUCUAUAGUGUAUAGUAAAUAUGUAUAUAUAUGUAAAUAUAAAUGAAGCUAUUUUUUUUAGUUUAGCAGAGUUCCUCUACUUUAAUUUUCCCAAUUUGAACACUGAUAAUAUAGAAUACAGUAAUCUAAAUAAUAUUGGUGUAUUCUAGAUGAGAAUGUAUAAAUGAGCUGUAUAAUAUUUUUAUUGUUUUAUACUUUAAGUCUUUAAUAAUUAUAAUUGAUAAAAUAUUAAAAUUAUAUUUAAAAGUAAUGUAUUGUUCAUUAACAUUUGGAUUUCAAAAUUCCUAAAUCUCAAGAUGUAUUUUUAUUUUAUAUAACUACUACUAGUUGUAAAUAAAAGAAAAAAAACCAUGUGUUUACUAAUAUUGUUUCAGUUUAAAAAUGCUGUCAGUAAUAGAUCCUCGCUUUGAAUGUUCCAUUUGUCUUAAUUGUCUGAAAGACCCCAUGUUGACAAGAUGUGGACAUCGAUUUUGUUCCGAAUGUAUACAUGCAUGGCUUAAGUAAACAAAAAUAACAAUUUAUCAUUUAAUUUAUUACUUAUGCAAAUUUAAAUAAUAUAGGUGAUAUUUAUAUGUUUAUUUAAUACUUUCUUACUAUGUUAGGCGUCAAAGUCAAAGUUGUCCUAUUGAUUCUUUACCUUUGUCCACUGAAAAUUUAUUUCCUGAUAAUUACACAAAACGGGAAAUAGAUGAGCAAAAGGUAACUUGUUUAAACAAAGGCUGUGUAGCAGUUAUACCAUUAUUAGAAGCUGAUCAACAUUAUGCUUCAUGUGAAUUCAAUAAAAACCAAGUAAGCAACUUCUAUAAAUUAUUGUUAAAAUAUGUUUAUUGUAGUCUUCAUAUUAUUUGAAGUUUAAUUUUAUAAUACUUUGUGAUUUAGUUUUAUGCUUACGACUAACUAAGAUUAAAAAAACGGGUCAGGAAUUUUUAUAAAGGAUGAUGUUUAUUUAAAGUGAAAAUAUAAAAAGAGAUGGAAGGAGUAUUUUGAGAAAUUACUGAUUAAACAGUAUUUAAGAGAGGUCUAGUAGGUUUAGUUAGAGGACUGUGGUAAGUCCUGAUAGUGUCAAAGUGAAUAAUAUUAAGACUAGACAUGGGCUAGUAAAAAAAAAUUUUUUCCAGUGAGGUGUGAGUAGAAAGAAAAAUGUCGGACGAGGUACCAUGAUGCAUAUUUGCAGAUGAUAUAGUUUUGAUUGGAGACAAUUUGUUGGAAGUUAAAAUUAAGCUUGAAGAUUGGGGAGUAUCACUUGAAGGGAAGAUACUAAGGAUAAGUAGAAGUAAAACAGAGUAUACAGAGUAUGAGGUUAGAGGAACAGGACAAGCAGACUAUAACAAUAAGCAGUUAUGCAAUAGGCGAGGUUGAGUUUUAAAUGUUUAGGAUCUUGUGUACAAAAUAAUGGUGGCUAUGAUGAGGAAAAGAAACAAAGGAUUAAGUAUGGUUGGAUAAAUUGGAGAGAAGCAUCAAGAAGUUAAACAUGUUAAGUACCUGUUGUACAAAAGAACAAGAGAUUUCCCAUAAGACAAUGUUCUACAGAAGUGUGGCGAGAUUGACUAUAUUGUGUAUGGUUUGGAGUGUUGAGUGGUUGAAAGAACAGAAAAUAAGUGUAGCAGAGAUAAGAAUGCUUAGGUCGGUGAAUGGCACUUGUUUGAAAAACCUGGUCUGGUCAAAUAUUAAUAUAUUGUACACAAAAUAAAAUACUACCUGAUAUGGUUUUGAAUAACAAAUCAUGGUUUAUUUGAGAUUAUUUUCCUCCAUUUGCUUCAUCUAGAGCCAAAGAUAUAAGGAGCUAUAGUAUUUAAUGUUCAAAUAUUACAAAUUUAAAAUAUAUAGGUAUAGAUUAUGCUUUCGGUCAGUUGUUAUUUAUCCUUAUUAUUUUUAAACAAUUGUCCUCCACGCUGCUUAGGUAUAUAAGUGGAGUGAUGAGAGAAGAUAAGAUAAGGAAUGAGUACAUUAGUGAUAGCUAGAUGUGGUAGUAGUCAAAAUGAGAGAAAAUAGACUCAAGAUUGUUUGAGAAUGGCAUAGAGGAUAGAGGAAUUUGGAGCAGUAAGUAUUAUAAUGAUAAUAAACAGACCAAGAACGAGGUGGUUGGAUAUGAUUGACUGUGAUAUGUGGAUGGUGAGUGAAUGGGAAGAUAAUAUGGUGACCAAAUAAGAGGAAGUUUUGGACGUGGAUGGCCAACCAACUCUAAAUAGUUGAGAUGAAGGAGAAAGAGAAGAAAACGAUGUAUUAUUUUUAUACAACAAUAUAAAAAUAUUUGAUUUCUUAUUUUUGUGGUAUUAUUUUAAAAGUAAUUAUACCUUUAUAUAUUUUAUAGCCAAAACAUCAGGUAAAUCUAUAAGUAUAAAAUAUAAAAAUAAAAUAAUAGAAAAGAUGAAUUUCAUUAAACCAUACUAACAUACAUACAUACAUACAUACUGUAUAAACAACGCUUAAACUCUAUUAAAAUAAUUGUUAUUAUAGAUAAAUUUGCAUGCUGAAAAUGUCUGUCCAUUUCAUUUAAUUGGAUGUAAAGAUAUAGUAAAAACUAAAAGUGAACUAAUGAACCAUCUUGUUAUGAAUAUACAUAGACAUGUUACUGUAAGUAAAUAUAUUUAAUAUUUAUUCUUCGAUAAAAUAUUUUAAACUGUAUUUAUAUUUCCAGUUACUUUCAAAAUCUCAUAUUGAUCUUUUAAACAAUUUACAAAGUAAAGAUAGUGCCCAUUCUAAAGCCGUAGAAGCUACACAAUGUUGGGAUGCUAACAAAGAUCCCAACUCAGAAAAGGCAUUACUAUGGUUAGUCUUUUUGUACAAAAUAUAAUGUUUAUUUAUAUAUAUAAAAACAAAGAAUGUUGUUAAAGUGAAGUAACGUGUCUUAGCAUAAAAUAGGAUUGUUUAUUAGUUUUGGUUUUAUAGUCUGUAUAGUUUUUCUUUUGAAAUGUUUUCUUCUUGUAUAACUAAACAAUUUCAAUAAAUUUUCAUUUUAAAGAACAAAACUUUAGAAGUUACAUUAAACUCCAAAUUUUUCACACACUCAAUACAGUUUCUUUAAAUAUGAACUUUAAAAUCUGAGUUCAAUGUAACCUACAAAAGUUUUUCUCUUUCAAAAAAAAAGAAAAAUCAGAAUCUAAUUGUUCUGUGAGGCAUGAAAAUGUCCCCCCACCCCAAUUGUGUUUUUGCCCAUAAUAUACUAUGGCUUUGAUAGCUGGGAAAUAUAAAAUAUCACAUUUAAGUAGAUAUUCUGAAAAGAGCUUUGUUAACUGUCAUAUGUUAAAAGAAUAUUUUAUCUGCAUAUGUAUUCUGUCUUAAAACCUAUGAUGUAUCAAAUUUGUGUUCAGCAGAGACAACAUUAUUCUGUUAGUUUUUAUAUUAUAGUGAUUGUCUAUUUUAAUGUAAAGAUAUGAACAUUAUCUUUGCAAUGUUUGUCUUAUUAUUUUAAUAUUUAAAUAUAGAAUAUAAUAUUACAAUUUAAUGAUACUUAAAUAUUAAAAUACCAAGAAAUAAAAUAAAACACCAACACUGCAUUUUACAUGCAAGUAUCACGUCCUCUUAAGGUUAAUAAAACAAGACAAUAAUCAACAAUACCCUGUAUUAAUAUUUUGUAUUAUAUUAUAAUUAAAUAAAUUCUUAAUUUAAUUAUAGCAAUUUGUAUGAAAGAAUAGUCGUAUUAGAACAAAGCAACAUUGAGAAAGAUAAAGAUAUUGAACGGCUCAAUCAAAUGGUCAACAAUUUAACCCUAGAAUUUUCACGGAAUCAAAAUGAAAUAUUCUUGGUUACGUGCAAUGGCGUCUAUGUUUGGAGAUUUACCAAAUUUAUGGAGACAUUAAAAUUAAUGAGAGAAAAGCCAUCACAAACUCAACGAUACUCUGAAGGAUUUUAUACAUCUUCAACUGGAUACAAGUAAUUAAUAGAGUAAAUAACUAUAGUACAACUAACAAAUUUUAUCUUUGAACAAUUCAAUCAUGUGUUAGAAGGGUUAUUCUUAGAAAAGUCAGUAGAGUUUGAAUAACUCAAGGUCUAAACAGAAUAUAAAUAAAUUUGUCGAAUGUGUAUUUAUAAAUUUAUUUAUUUUUCAGUAUGUAUACAAUGUUUCUAUCUAAUUUAACCAGAUCAUCAAAUGUAGCGUCUUUUUGAAAAUCAAAUUUUCUUAAUACACUGAGUAGAUCAUUUUCCUUGUAGUUUUCAUAAUACAUUAGGAAAACAUUAAAAUUUAUACAAUACCAGUUUCCAUUAUUUUCUAUUUUGUUAGUGGUUGUAAAUUAGUUAAAAAUAAUCAAAGAGACCUGACAUUUUCACAAAAUAUUAUUUUAAUUCUUUCUAGACAUGGUAAAAUUAUCAAAACAAUCUGAUGAUUUUUGAGCUACUUACAGUUAUUUUAUAUUUUUAAUUUUAUAUGGAUAAAAUUAUUCUGGCCUGGCAUAAGUGCUCAAAAUUUUACUUUUUGGUCGAUAAAAAAUAACAAGUUAAGUGCAAUAUAAUAUUUAGAUUCUGAGAGUAGCGAAGAAUGUAUUGGGUUAACAAAAAUAUGUUUAUUUUAUUUUUAUUUUGUUAUACUGUGUACAAAAAUUGUAACAGAAAUCUUACUCUGAAGUAUAGCACCUUUUCUGAAAGGGAAUUUUCUUGAGAUAGUAUUUAAUGGAGAUCAUGUUUGAUUUUCCCAAUAAAUGAGAACACUUGGAAAAAAACAUAAGAAAAACUUAUCUCAGAAUUAUUUUUACAUUAACAAUGAUUUAUUGCACAUAUAAAUUAAAUUACUCCCUAACUAAAUAUAUCCUCCCUUCGCAAAUUUAAACGUAAACAUUUAUGUGUUUUAAUUUAAAUGUUUAUGUUUAAGAACUGUAUGUCUUCUUUGUAUCAAGUCUUCUACUUUAUAAAUAGUUUUAAAUAUAAUAGUUUUAAUAUUUUGUUAUCUCUAUGGCGUUUUCAAUUUUUUUCUUUCCAAGGAUAGACAACAGAUCAUUGGCACCCAAUGUUCCGAUUAAAUACUAUAUUUUUUUUUUACCAUAAAUUAUGACUUAGAAUGAACCUCCUGUUAAAUUUUCUAGCAUUUCUGUUUGGUCUAAAAAUUAUAUCCAGAGAGUACCUACCGAAUAAAAAUUAAGUUUAAAAAAACCUGUUAAAUUAAAAUAUUUAUAAAUAGCUCAAAAAUGGCUACAAUGUUUUGAAGAUUUUAUCACGUUUAUAAAAAAACAAAUAUAAGUUUUUUUGUCCAAACUUUAAAUCUCUACAAAUAUUUUUAACUGAAUUAAAAUAAAACAAAUAAUUGAAAACAUUUUUAUUACGAAAACAGUUGGGAAAAUCAAAAAAUAACCCCCCUAAGGGGAAACCCCAAUCUGAAAAAAAAACAUUGUAAAACCAAUACUUUCCUCCACUCAGAAUCUAAAACAGUUUAAAAUGAAAUAAAUGUAUACAUUUCUAAUAUUUUUAAAAGUUUAAAUAUUUUUUAUUUUCAAACUUAUGGCUUUCCGAAGAAAUAAACAUUCUAUCACAUGGCACUGUAGAUAAAUUACUUUUCUAAAAAAUAUUAUUUUUCAAACACCACAUUUGCACAUAACACGGCAUGCCUUUUUCCAUAUAUACCACAUCUUUAAUUCAGAAUUAUUAAUUAUCACAUAUUUUUUAUUUUAGAGUCUGUGGUCGGAUAAAUAUGUCAUCAGAUAAUCGUAAUCUCUCUCUAUUCAUUCAUAUGAUGCGUGGUGAUUAUGAUGAUACUUUAGUUUGGCCAUUUUCUGGUCGUAUUACUUUGUCUUUAAUCCAUCCAAAAAAUCAAGAACAAACUAUUUGUUUAAAAAUGCAAUCAUCUGAUGAAUCUGUAGCAUUUAGGAGAUGUUCUUUUGGAAAUAAUGGCAAUGACACUCCUCAUUUAAAUCCAAGAGCUUUUGGUUAUACUGAAUUUGUUGCUAUUGAUGAAGUGCUUGAUAAAGGAUUUAUUGAAAAUGACACAAUUGUUAUUAAAAUAAUUGUUGAAUGUAUUUAAUUUUUGAGAUCUUAAAUAUUAAUCAUAUUUUACCAAAUGCAUUAAAACUUUAUAUGUAAUUAAAUCCGUCCAUAAAAAUGUAUUUUUUAAUCUGUUAGAUAUAAUAAUAAUAAUAAUAAUAAAA